CAUAGCCGAGGCCGUCCGAGCUCGACCGAUCGCCCGUUCGAAUCCCGGCUCCCGCGUCAGUGUAGAAACCGCGUCCGCGGUCCACGGUUCAAUUUCCGGGCGAUGCAGAGUUUUUUGUUCCCGCGGGCAGCCCCGAGGUGAAUUUCGCGGCGGGAAAAAGUCGAAACAAAAAAGAAAGCGCGCGCGCGCGCAUUCACGUAGCUCAUCUCUCUCCCUCUGUCCCUUUUUCCCUUCCCGGUUCGUUCUUGUGUCUUUCUCACACUUUCGCACCCCCAACCCCCUCUGUCACACACACACACACACACACUCACACACUCACACCCGGCCAGCCCAGAAUCCUUGCUACCUCCUGGCCAUUUUAUUCGGAAAGAGCAUCCCACGAUUUUCGAUAAAAUCCAAAAAGCUCUGAUCUCCUCAGCCCCCAUUGCCAGGACAAUUCUUCCCUCAGCCUCGCAUUCGUCAGGUUGGCCAUUUUGAUCUCGUAGGUUCCUCGUCCUUGGUCCGGAAGUCUCCUGCCUUUCCUCCCUGCCAUCCCCCGUGUCCCAGUGCUACGUUUCCUACGUGUCCUCCAGACAAGCUCUGGUCCUGCGAGCAGCACCACCAGCCACCACCACCUCCACCACCUCCACCAUCACCAGAAGGGGUACUCUCGGGAAUGAGAUGAUCGCCCCCCGGAAAACUCGGAAGUGCUUUGCCAGGAGGAUGACGGUUGUUCGUUUCCGGCGUGAGAUUCCCGGCCGGGGCCACCAGUGGCUACGAGGACUUUGAACGUUUUCAUCGGCCAGUGACGUAGAACCCGGUGCGCGGUGCCCCUGGUGAACGUUUUUGGGAUUUGGUAUUAUGAGAUCGCGCGGGUCCAGUUCAGCUUCCCCAUUGACUCGCGAUAUCAAUGCUUCCUUAGCGCGGAUCGCACCUCUCACUCCUCGUUCUACUUGGCCAAUUAAAUUGAUUCGAAUUCGAUUUCGAGUUAGCGAUCGGUAGAAGAAGAAGAAGAAGAAGAAGAAGAAGAAGAAGCUGCUGCGACAACCUGACGUGUUACCCUGGAUACGUCAUCUUGUGUGCCCGGGAUUCCUGCUGAUAAGGAUUCGAAUAUUGACAAGAGGCCGGAACUCGCGAGCUCCAGAAUCCUGUGCGCUUAUCGAUUCCACGUGAACGGGGUUCGGAGAGUGCAACUGCCUAGAGAGUGAUUUCACGUAAGGAUCAAGGCUGAAGAAUAAAUCGACUAAGAGAAACUCUGUUAGAGUCCGGAGGCAAGUAGAUUUAAGGAUUUGUUAUUCCAGGAACUAGAAAAAGUUGUCAGUGUUACGUUUUGACGAAACGAAGAAACGGAGGAAGAGAGAGGAAGAGAGAGGAAGAGAGAGAGGAACCUCCGACCUCGUCGACUCGUCAACCAAACUUGUGCAAUAAUUUAAACCACUCGCCGGGCAACGUCGUGCCGAUCGCUCCUUCAGGACCGAAGGAUCUUGAAGGAUCUUGAAGGAUCUUGAAGGACCUUGAAGGAUCUUCCUAGACCCAGACUCGAAGGGACGAGAAGGGGACGUAGCAAGCGACGUAGGUGCAAUAACGCUCGCAAGAAUCUAGUCAAAGAAGAAGCAGCGACAACGAGUAGAGUAACAGUGACGGAGGAUCGGGAAAUUCUGAAGCAGCAACACGCGCACACGCGCACGCACACGCACACGCACACGCAGAACCGACUGAUAUUUAUUUCAAGUAUAGAUAAAUCGAUCGCCGCGAAUGGUCGAACUUGAAAAUAUAAAUCUCCAUUUGGAUUCCUUGUAUUGUUCCCGAGUGAAUGUCGGCUGCGAAAACAAACCUGGAGAAGAAUCGAGUGUAGAUACAUCUAUCUAUCCAUCUAUCUAUCUAUCUCUCCCUCUCCGUUAUCUCAUCCGAGCUGCGUCCGAUUCCUAGAUAUCGCAGCCAAUCGGCAUUAGAGAAUUAUUUCUCAUUGCCAAUAACCACUGGCAUCGGCUGCUCUCUGCUCUUUCUUUUUUCCUUUCUUCUUUCUUUCUCCUGUUUGUUGGUUUUUCGCACCUGUGGGGAAUUCGCGCCUCCCUCCACAGCCGCUGGCUUCAAGUCGGCACGCGAAUCGUCGAGGGUCCCGUGUUUGCCGUGUUUGCCGUGUUUGUCGUGUUUGUUUGGCCUAUGAGGUCACGCGGGACGUUUUUGUUAUCGGAUUCGUCGAGGUUUUCGAACGUCUAAAGAAAGCCAGGUCGGGAAUUCCUUAGUAAAAAGGUGAAAGUCGGGCGCCAAGGACUACUGCGACAGGAUCCUUAAGAUUUUGUAAAAUCAAUUAGUUUUCGGUAUCGCGUUUUAUUGGCCUUCGUUAAAUAGAUGGUGUAUUAUUCGGCUUACCGUUGCGUUUCGCCUGCCGAGGAUCGUUACGUGCUGGACACGGACCGAGUGAUUAGUGCCGAUUGAUUCGCGGGACUCGAGUAUCCUACCAAAAGUGAAAGACUUCCGGUUUAUCCUGUGGACCAGCAAGCAGCAUCCAGGCGCAACACGGGGAGCGAUUCAAUCGUAUCGCAAGUGUCGGAUUGUUCUAUAGUGAUAUAAAUCAGUAGUGAUCGUGCAUCGGGAGGAUCAGGUCGACAAGGUCGACCCAUCGCCACGUGGACCAGUUCUAUUUUCGGUACAGUGAGGUGCAAAAUUUUCGGGCGGGCAGAUCGGAAAACUCUUGAAAAAUUUCACCGACUUCGAGCACGAUGUACCCCUGGUACCGGGAGAGCGUCGCGGCGGCCGCCGCCGCCGGUCUCGGCGGUCCAGUCGGCGUCGUGGGAUCUGGAUUCUGCUCGAGUGCACCAGGACAGGGUGCGACAACCAUCAAGACGGAAAGCGGAUACUCCGACUGCAUGUUGGCCCUCGACUACGUGCAGAGCAAGAAGGCUUCGUUCGCAUGGACGGAGGGCGGCGAAGAGGGCGGCGGCGGAGGCGGCGGCGGCGGCGGCGGCGGAGGCGGCGGAGGCGGCGGUGGAGGAGGUGGCGCCGGAGGAGGCGGCGGAGCUGGAACUGGAACUGGCGGGACCGGAGCGUGA